AUGAAGAAGCUGGUUGAUGAAAAUUCUCAAAAUUGGCACAAGAAGGUAUAUGAAGCUUUAUGGGCAGACAAAAUUACGCCUAAAAGAGCCAUUAGAAUGGCACCUUUUGAGCUUGUGUAUGGGAUUGGCGCAAAACUUUCUUUACCCCUGGAAUUGUCAGCGGCCAAACUUCAGACAAUAAUUGAAGAUUUUUUUUUUCAGAAUGCUAUAGAAAAGAGGGUUAUGUAUCUAAUGAAGUUGGAGGAAGAAAGAGAAAUGUUAGUGGAUAGAAUUAUGGAGCAUCAGAAUAGAGUGAAGAAGAUCUUUGACAUGAGAGCUCGUCCAAGAGCUAGUAUUAGAAGGGAAGCAAUACCUCGAUUGGGCAAAGCUGAUUGCCGAUUCAAUGAGGGAGUAGCUGAGUAUGGCCAAACAGUUUAA